AUGGCUGAGGGCAGCAACUUCGACUACUUGUUCAAGGUCGUCCUUAUCGGAGACUCUGGCGUCGGAAAAUCGCCCUUGCCCACUCCAGUUCUCUCGCGGUUCACGCGCAAUGAGUUCAACCUCGAGACGAAGUCGACUAUUGGUGUCGAGUUCGCGACGCGGUCGAUUAAUGUGGACGGCAAGACGCUUAAGGCUCAGAUAUGGGAUACGGCUGGUCAAGAGCGUUACCGCGCCAUCACCGCCGCUUACUACCGUGGUGCUGUCGGCGCGCUCCUUGUCUACGACAUCUCGAAGCACGCGACGUACGUCAACGUAACACGGUGGUUGAAGGAGCUCCGCGACCACGCAGACUCGAACAUCGUUAUCAUGCUGGUGGGUAACAAGAGCGAUUUGAAGCACCUUCGGGCGGUCCCGACGGAGGAGGCGAAGGCGUUUGCAGCUGAGAACGGUCUCUCGUUCAUCGAGACGUCUGCGCUAGACGCGUCGAACGUCGAGUCGGCAUUCCAGACCAUCCUCACCGACAUCUAUCGGAUCGUGUCGAGCAAGUCCCUCGAGCAGUCCGAGGACCCCAUCAAGCCCACCACCGGCGACACCAUCCAGGUCUCCCAAUCCGUGGACACCUCCGCGAACACCGGCAGCAAGUGCUGUUAG